GCUGCUCCCGGGCCAGCCCCCUCCCCAGCUGCUUCUAAACUCCCAGGAGCAAGCACCUCCUGCUGGGCCAUGUCUAGCUGCGACCGGUUCGGAGUGGCCCCUGCCAUGGACAUGCCUGAGGUCCUCAAGUCCCUGCUGGAGCACUCUCUGCCUUGGCCAGAGAAGAAGACAGAUAAGGAAAAGGGGAAGGAAAAGUUGGAGGAGGAUGAGGCAGCAGCAGCCAGCACCAUGGCCGUCUCAGCCUCCCUCAUGCCGCCCAUCUGGGACAAGACCAUCCCAUACGACGGCGAGUCUUUCCACCUGGAGUACAUGGACCUGGACGAGUUCCUGCUGGAGAAUGGCAUCCCUGCCAGUCCCACCCACCUGGCCCAGAACCUGCUGCUGCAUGUGGCCGAGCUAGAAGGGAAGGAGUCUGCCAGCUCUUCCACAGCAUCCCCACCAUCCUCCUCCACUGCUGUCUUUCAGCCCUCUGAAACUGUGUCCAGCACAGAAUCCUCCCUGGAAAAGGAGCGGGAGACUCCCAGUCCAAUUGACCCCAACUGUGUGGAGGUGGAUGUGAACUUCAAUCCUGACCCUGCCGAUCUGGUCCUCUCCAGUGUGCCAGGUGGGGAGCUCUUCAACCCUCGGAAGCACAAGUUUGCAGAGGAAGACCUGAAGCCCCAGCCCAUGAUCAAAAAAGCUAAGAAGGUCUUUGUCCCUGAUGAGCAAAAGGAUGAAAAAUACUGGACAAGACGCAAGAAGAACAAUGUUGCAGCUAAACGGUCACGGGAUGCCCGGCGUCUGAAGGAGAACCAGAUCACCAUCCGGGCGGCCUUCCUGGAGAAGGAGAACACAGCCCUGCGGACGGAGGUGGCCGAGCUACGCAAGGAGGUGGGCAAGUGCAAGACCAUUGUGUCCAAGUAUGAGACCAAGUACGGGCCCUUGUAACCUGCGCCCCCACCGAUGCGGGGCACUGCCUGCACCUCAGAGCUCUGCCUGGAGGCUCCCUGAAACCCCACACAUGCGUGGAGACUUAUGACUAGUCAUGGGCACAUGGCGGCGCACCUGCUCCAGGAGCGUUCAUGUCUCAGCUUCGUUAUAACUCAUCCAGCGCACAUGGCGACUUUCCCUUACUGGCAGGGAAUGCAAGAGAAUCUAUGUAGAGGGAGAACCAGCCUUAGUUUCUAUUCUUGGAUGUCCUGGUUGAAUCGAAGGGGACCUCUGGAGUACAAAUCUCUCUUUUCACAGGGCGCUCAGGCUUCCCUGACUCUCCCUCAGUCUUCAGCCUGGGCUGCCGAGGGCUGUCUCUGCAGAAUUAAUUGUGAUUGUUGUCACCCUUAUGUCUUCUCAGGUAGCAGGGCACAUUUCCACUUGGGGUUGUGUCAUGCACCUCACCUUCCCCAGAAAGUCUUCAAGAGAACAUCCGUUCCCAUCUUCCUUGGGGGUAGAAGGACUCACCAGCUCCUCCGUUAGUGUCCGCAUAGAUGGAAGGCCACAAGAGUGGUAUCCCUGCACAGCUUGGGUCUGCGCCCUGCAGCAGAAGUGCACCAACUGUUCUUAGCUCUCUUACCCCUUUCCUCUCGUGGCUAUGAAGCCUGAGGUCUGGAAGCCAGGAAGGAGGCCCUGGCAGUCGGCUUUCUCUGCCUCUAUUACUGUGGAGAAGAGACUCCCAGGGCGGCUCGUUUCUGUGCCCUAACUGCCAGUACAGAGGGAGGCCUUUUCAUCACCUCCUCUCCAGGCCACUGGUGGAGGCCACCUGAAUCUCAUAUUUGUCCCACUAGACUGGGAUUCUGGGCCUGCUCGUUUUUUUCACCCAAUAACCAAUCUGAGAUCUUGGAUUUAAAAGGAAAACCCCCCUUAUCUAGGAAGCUUUAAAUUCCUGGAUCCCAGGAUACAGCUUCCACAUGGUGUUUAGAAAACUGGCUUCCACAGCCCCCUUACACUGUGGUCAUGAGAGCUGGGGUAAGUCCCUUGAGAGGCUCCCAUUUUUUUUUCUUGUUCUGCUCACCAGUGUGGACCAGGCCAGGGUCCACUCUCACUGUAGGCGGAAGAGGGCUUCCCAAUUCUUGCUUCAGGAUCCUUCCCAAGUGAGCUGCCAAGAAGGUGUCAGCAGGACAGGGUACCUGGUCAAGGGUUGUGAGUUCACAGCGCAACUCUUAUGGGAUGGCAGGCUCUUGGGACUUUUACACAGGCCUACAGUCCCCUCAAUCUUGGUCCCAGGAGACGGGGGCCACCCCCAUGAGCCUGGCCAUGGUAUGGAUGGAUUCUCACAGCUGUGGCUUCCUUUGCCUCACAGCUGCUCCUUUCUCUUAUGUCUGGCUGGACUCGUUCUUUUGCUGUGCCCAGAUUAAUUGAGGAAAUGCAUGGACUCCUCUGCUCAUUUGGGUCAGUUGGGACACCCUUGAGAUGGGUGUUUAUUUGCUCAGGGUGGGCAGCCUGUGGUGAGGAGACAGAUGACGGGCGCGCUUUGUCAUACUUAACACUGGCUUUAUUUAAAGUGGUGGCUCAGAGUCCCGGGCCCCAAUCUCUAAAGACUUUUCAUAACAGAUGUUAGGACCUGGGAAAGCAUCCACUGGCCAUGGACUUGCACCCCAGGGGAAUGCCACGGCCCUCCAGGAACCUGCACACCCACCUCUCUGGGGACUUGACAAGGGUCCCUGAGGCUGAGGGAGGUCACCCCCUCCCUUCAGGCCCCUGACUUUUACUUUGUGGUUCUAUGAAAACAAUGUAUACACUUUUCACUCUAUUGUAACAACAUAGGGCAGGAGCAUCCAGCAUGUCAGUGUCCUGCCCCGGGCAGCUUGCCCACCCGGGCACUCUCCCUCUGGUCUGGCUACUCACCGAGAGGGUAGUUCUCAUUUUGUUAUUGGUGGAAGAGCAUCGCACUUAAAAGCUCUUCAUUUUCUUUGGCCAGAAAGUGUAUGGUUUGUGUUUUUCCAGUUUUAUUUUUUUAAAGGAUGGACUCUUAAUUUCUGGAUGAUGUCCAUGCUCCGAUCCUAGUGGGUGAGAUGGUGGCUUGGUGUCUCUCCUCUUUGUCCCACCUUCUGCCUGUUCAGUGCCCUCCCCUUCUUUGCCCUAGGCAGUGUGUGUCUGGUUCCUUCCCAAAGUGCUUACUUGGAAAUAAUGCAUCUGCUGGACUCUUUUAAAAGAGCCCCUUUGAGUCAGGAGCCUGCAGGGACAGGAAGGAGGAUGUCUGUACAGGUUGACAUUUUGGGGAAAAGUGCACAGGUGAGAUUGUCUCCUCCCUUGGCCUAAGAAUCAGGUCCUUGUGGAAGUGGAAGGUUUCCUGCUUGGUUUCUGUCAUGGGAGUCUCCUUGACUUCCUCCUAAGCCUUCUCCAUCUUGGGGCCAACAGUUGAAGACUGUUUCCUGUGCUCAAAUCUUUGACAUCUAAAAAGCACCAGAGGCUAGAGAAGCUGACUUAAACUUGGCCCAUGGGUUCACAAGGGGCCAGGAAGUGUCAUUCACUACCUAAGCAUCAGCUUCGAGGCAGCCUCACUGUAACUGCAGAACAGACAGAUCAUGAAUGAGCGAGAACAUUGCAAGAAUAUACAUAUAAUAAAUGUAUAUCUAGAUAGAAAUAUAUAUGUUUAGAGAGAGAGCGUUUUCAAGGUAGACAGCAGUCUUAUGGAGGACCUGGGUCACUCUUACCCUUAGCCGAAGGAUGUGGUUUGCCCAUCUGGCUCCUGAGGUUGGGGAAGGCACUUAGCAGUGAACCUUAACUCUGAGUACACAUCACCCUGCUGAAAGGGGCUGCUGUGGCCCUGGGCAGGUGGCUCCUGCAAUCCUCCUGCCUGAAGCAGGGCAGCAGGCACAGAGCCUGUGGAGGAAGGCCCCUUUGUGCUGGGCAGCUCUCCACCCAAGGGCCCUGGGAGCUAUGUUCCCUGUAACACAGAGGGCCAAGGAGCCCCUGGUUUUCAUAGUAAAGCUCCACCCCAGAGCUCCUUUAACAUCUGUUAAUUAAGUGCAAUAAAUUUUUCUAGAAAAUGGCAAAGAUGACUUCCAGGUGGAUAUUGCUAUCUUGUGUUGGGGAUGCCAGAACACCACUUGGUUUUAUUUUUCUAAGUGCAUGUGAUGUGAUAGAGUGUGUGGGGCUCUGUGUCCUCCCCUGGGAGCUGGCAUUCCAGCGGGCCCCUCUCUCCUUUACCUUUGUUGGGGGAAAGAGGCAAGGAAAAAAUUGCUUCUUCCCAGCUGGAGAGGGCAGAAGCAGACCGUAGCCCAUUGGCCUUAUGUGCGUGUGUGCGUGCGAGUGUGUCACUGCUGGUGGGCCGGAGUGAUGUGGUGGGGAGGGAAGCCGGGAAUGUAUCCUUUUCAAACAAAAUUAAAUAUUUUGAGAUGAGCA